GUGCCAGCGCGAGCGGGAAGGCGGCGUACGUCGAAUAUUUGGCUUGUAGCCUGGGAGACUUGAGGGGUGUCCCUCCCUGAGCUUGCAGCCCUAGAGACCACGGCGUCUGCUCCAGGCGGUACCUCUUCCCCUGGGGGCCAUGGGCCGGAUCUCGGGGCUCGUGCCUUCCCGCUUUCUGACGCUCCUGGCCCAUCUGGUGGUCGUCCUCACCUUAUUUUGGUCGCGGGACAGCAACAUCCAGGCCUGCCUGCCUCUCAAGUUCACCCCUGAGGAGUAUGAAAAGCAGGACAUUCAGAUGGUGGCGGCGCUCUCGGUCACCCUGGUGCUCUUUGCAGUGGAGUUGGCCGGUUUCUUCUCAGGAAUUUCCAUGUUCAACAGCACCCAGAGCCUCAUCUCCAUCGGGGCUCACUGUAGUGCAUCUGUGGCCCUAUCCUUCUUCAUAUUUGAGCGUUGGGAGUGCACCACGUACUGGUACAUUUUUGUCUUCUGCAGUGCCCUCCCAGCCAUCACCGAAAUAGCAUUAUUCAUCAGCGUCUUUGGGCUGAAAAAGAAACCUUUCUGAUACCUUCGUGACUGGAAGUAGGGAUGAAGGCUGGAGGAGCGAGGGACCACUCACUGUUCCUGGAAGAAGGAAGCCAUAGGUUUCAGCCCUCCCCCUAAAACUGCAUUUGGUGGAGGAUGUCAGUGUUAGUGUUAGGGUAAUUGUGUCUCGAGUCUGGAAUUAUCUGCGUUUUGUUUACAGUCCUUUGUAAUAAAAUAUAUUUUAGGAUCAAGGUUUAUAGGAGUUACUGGCAGUGCAGUGGUUAGGACUCUGCGCUUCCACUGAAGGAGACAUGAUCCCUGGGUUCGAUCCCUGGUCAGGGAACUAAGAUUCUGUAUGCCUCGCAGCGCGGCCAAAAAAACCCGCACAAGUUUUAUAAAAAUUUCAGGAGAAAACUGGGGUGGCCAAACUACUAUUACAGAAGCGGUACAGCCUUGCCCUCUAAGCGACUAGGUGUCGCUUUUAUUCUGAUUAUUACGGUAGGUUUCAGGCGGAAGGGGGUGGGCGGGGAUAUGUAAAUACAGUGAUGUGUAUGGGUAGGGCAUUAAGAUCGUAAGUGAGUGGAGCAUUCUGGGAGGAGUUAGCGUAUGCUUUUUGAUACCAAGUGGAAAAAUAUGCUUUAAAACAUCUGCAGAUAAAUGUAGAAACAGAAAUGGAAGAACCUAGAUAGCUGCAGGUUGCUCGGGCUAACGCGUUAUGUACUCACCCUCGCUAGUAGCGGAAUCUUUUUCCCAGAGUACGAAUUGCCGCAUAUAAUCGUGUAUCGUCAGGUAGGAUAAUCCUUACCUGUUUCUCCUUUUGGAGAACAGAAUAGAGCGUGAUGAUUGGAGUUCGCAUGAUUCGUGAUUAACGGCUCUGCGUAAUCAGGUCUUGCAACACCCUGAUUGCUCCUAUCUGAUUCUUUCUGACGAUCUUUUCUUUUAAUGUUGUUUCUACAAUUAGAUACUUGAGUAUUAUUCAUAGUGGGUGGUUUAGAUCUUGUAAUCGCAUGUUAGUGUUUUGUGUUUUUGUGCUGUUAUUUUGGUAAGUUGUUUUUUUGUUGUUGUUAUGAGUAGGUUAAUGUGUGGGGUUUUUUGGGGGUGUGUUGUUUGUUUUCAGUAGGUGCUGUUAAAGGGUUUUUGUUUUUUUAAACGAAUGUUUAUGUUUGUGAAAUGUUAGAUGUGAGGUCGUUUUUCAGUCUCCACAGCAGUAAGUGCUGGUUAGUGUUACUUUUUAAAAAUUUCACAGGAUGCAGUUGAGUGGAGGUUUUUGUGUGUCUUCUAGGUUUUUCGGAUGAUUUAGUGUCAAACUUUCUACCUCGCCAUGCGAAGGGGCAUUUGGCAAGGGAGAGACUUCCUUGGUAGUUGGACCGUCCGCUCAGAAACCUGGCAAAGCUCCUUUGUUCAGUCAGUAGUAUCUACUAGAGUCUAAACUUCUACCUUGUCACAGGAUGAGUAUUUUCAGGGUCACAUUUCCUAGGGAAGGUUCAGUGUAUGUUGGGAAGGUGUUUUUCUGUACUUUUCAGUCCAAAAUGGUGGAGCCCAGGCCAUUCUAAAUAAGCAAAAGGCAACCAAGGAGAUACUUUCCGGUGAGGCCCCUCAGGAGAUGACCACACACAGAUAGCAUUUCCCUAGUCCUGUGUCUCCUCUGGCAGCACUUCCUCUUGAGUAUUAACUCAAUGAAUACUUACUAAGCACUUACUAUACGCUGUAGUAGGUACUGAGGGAAUAGAUGUGAAUAUGACCCAUACUCGGCCUCGGCUGUCACAGAAUUAUGGGUCAUGGAGACAGAAAAAACAAACAAAAAACAAUUUCUGGUACUCUCAGAGUAAUAUAAUGGCAAAUUGUGAUAAAUGCUGCAAAGGCGACUGACAGGUGCUGUGCAGGAGGGAUUAAUUUGCCCAAGGGGCAGGAGUGUUCCUUCUACGGGAACAGUUUGAGUAAGGUCCUGACAUGUGGCUGGAGCAGAAGAGGUAGGGGAGCAGAUUGUCCGGGAGGCCAGAAAGGUGGGCAUUGUGGGCUUGAACGGGAAAGUGACAUCCCACUGCAUCCUGGUUUUCACCUCACCCAGUGGUGUGCUUUACUGAUUUCUGAAAGCUGUUUGUAUUUCAGAAACAUUAUGAACUGAUUGUUAAAAACAGCUGUUAUCAAAAAUUGAAUUAUGUAUACUUUGGAUGAAAUAAAUCAUAUUUUUAAGAGGUAAUAAAUACUCAAAACUCACUACUUCCUGGUUACUUCCUAAAUUUACUAUUAUAUGCUUUUGAGAUUGUUUGCAUUUAUCUUAUCUACAUAGUGGGAAGACUAUAAAAUGAUGUACUGCUGUGUAUCUCUUUCCAACUUAUUUAGUAACAUCGAGUUAGUUGUUUGAAAUUGGCCUAAGUGGGAGUAUUUACACCACAAAAUCGGCAAACGCUACAUAUCAGGCUUUGUUGAUUGUCUAGAUUUAAGAAAGUGACGGAGAAUAUGUUAAUAAUGCAGAUUCAAUCUUUGUGUCAUGAAUGUAACUGUUACACUGUGAAUAGCACAAAAAAUAGAGAAAAUAUUCUCCCAGGAUUUGAAAACUGUUAUCAGAUUCAGCAAAGAAGUCACUCAAGUCGUUGAGGAAUCUGUGAUGUUUCAGCAUAUCUUCCGUGUUUCCUUUUUGUCUUACUCAAAAAUGUAAAUAAAAAUAUCAACUGGGGCUUCCUAGGUGGCGCAGUGGUUAAGAAUCCGCCUGCCAGUGCAGGGGACACCGGUUCGAUCCCUGCUCCAGGAUGAUCCCACCAAAAGGAAAAAAAAAAAUAUCGACCAACAUUGAUGUUGGAACUACACUUGUACUUAGGAUAUAACUCCACUUAUGAAAUCAUGGAUAUAGAGUAGAAUUUACAAUAAAUACUGUAUAUUUUAUUAUUACACAUCCUUUAUAUCAGUAAAAUUUACAGUAAACUUAUGUACCUACAUAAAUGCAUCCUUUUUUGGGGGGAAAGUGGGUUGUUAAACAUUUACCAGCACUUUUCUUGCUCCUACAAUCCCAAGAUCGUCACCAAUGACUUCCUUGUUCCUAAAUCCAGAGGUUCCCUCUCAGACUUCAGCUUGACCUCUUUUCUUUUUCUUUUUUUUUAUUCAUUUUUUUUUUGGCUGUGUUGAGUCUUUGUUGUUGCACGUGGGCUUUCUCUAGUUGUGGUGAGUGGGGCCUACUCUUUGUUGUGGGCUUCUCUGUGUGGUGGCUUCUCUUGUUGUGGAGUACGGGCUCUAGGUGCGCGGGCUUCAGUUGUGGCGCACAGGCUUAGUUGCUCCUCGGCGUGUGGGGUCUUCCUGGACCAGGAAUAGAACCCAUGUCCCCUGCAAUUGUAGGGGGAUUCUUAACCACUGCGCCACCAGGGAAGUCCCUUGACCUCUUUUCAAUAUGUCGACCACUCUCCUCAUUUGAAAUUUGUUCUCCCUUCGUUUCUGAAAAUUAGUUUCCCUGGCUUACCUCCCGCUGUUCUGGAUGCUCCUUCUUAGACUCACCUACUGAGUAUUGAUUGAGAAACCACAGCUGGCCAGUCACUGGGGACAUAUUACUGGGUUGUCUCCUCCGCUUGCCCCUUAAAUGGUGACUACUCCUUGGGUGAUUUCUUCCACCUCUUGUCUUCAGACACCACCUAGAUGCUGCUGGUUUCCAUGCCCUGGCUCUCUUCUGUGAGCCCCAGCCUGGGGCAGAGACCAGGGGCGAGCUAUGAAGCCAAUCCUGGGUUUAACCUGCAUCCUCUCUCCUUGGCUAUGGGCUCGCCAACGGAUCACUUAACCUCUCUGUGCCUCAAUUCCUUCACCCACACUCCAGAAGUACUUACUACUAGCACUUCAACUAUCUUUCUCUUAGUCAACACCAGAGGCUUUGCCAGUCAGCAUCAAAAAUAGGUUUUCAUUUUAUUGUGAAAUUAGUGGCUUGUUAAUCAACAUCAGCCAGUCAUGAAAGAAAUACUGCUCGGUUCUACUUAUAUGAGGUACCAGGAGUAGGCUCAGAUUCACAGAGAUGGAACGGUGCUUGCCAAGGGCCCGAGGAAGAGGAAAAUGGGGAGUUGUUUAAUGGGUAGAGAGUUUCAGUUUUGCAAGAUGAAAAGAGUUCUGGAGGUUGGUUGCACAACAGUAUGAAUGUACUUAGCACUACUGAAUGGUACACUUAAAAAUGGUUGAUGGUAAGUUUUAUGUUUUGUAUUUUUUAUAAUUUAAAAGUAAAAAAAAAAUUAAAAGUCAGUGGAGAAAGGGAUUAGUGAAUAAAGUUUAUUAGAACAAUUGAGUAGCCAUUGGGGGGAAAAUAUGGAUCAAUACCUUAUACCAAUAUAAGUGGUCAAAGAUCACAGUGUGAAAAAUAAAACCAUAAAUGCACUUAAAGAAACCUUGACAUUUCUAACCUUUUUAUUUUGAAUAAUUUUAGAUCACAGAAAAGUUUCAAAAACAGUAUAAAUUUCCUGUAUACCCUUCACCCAGCUUAUCCAAAUGUUCACAUCUUGCAUAGCCAUGGUUAUGGAAACCAGGAAAUUAGUGUUGAUACAAUACUAUUAACUAGUCUACAAGGCUUAUUUGAAUUUUUCCAGUUUUCCCUUAAUGCAUUUUUUCUGAUUCAGGAUCUAACCCAGGAUUUCACAUGGCAUGUAGUUGUCACAUCUCCUUAGGCUUUUCCCAUCUGAGACAGCCCCUCGGUCUUUUUUUUUCCUUCCCUUUCAUGAUCUGUAGAGUACUGGUGAGUUAUUUUGCAGAAUGUCCCUCAGUUUGGAUUUGUCCAAUAUUUUCUUGUGAUUAGAUUGAGAUUAUGCAUUUUUGGUAAGAAUACCAUAGAAGUAAAUAGUUUGGAGUGGGGAAGACAUAAGUAUGAGGACAAAAAGUAGAAGUCAUAAAAGGCUGAUACAUUUAAAUACAUAUUUAAAAUGUUAAAAGUACGCAUGGUAAAAAAAAUAAGCAGAAGUUAAAAGAUAAAUGACAGUCUGACAGUAUUUAUAAUUCAUAUAGAAAGGGCUAAUUUUGAUACAUAAAAAUGUCCUACAACUCUAUAAGAAAAAUACCAAGAAACCAAUAAAAAUAUACAAAAAAACUGUACAGACAUUUCACAGAAAAGGAAACGUAAAGAACUCUCAGAUGUAUGGAGGUGCCUGACUUCAUUCACAGUAAGACAAAUACAAAUCAUGUUUAACUUACGUUGUCAAUGACCAAAGAGUUUCAUAGAGAGUUGAAGAGGGUAUUGGGUUUAAGUAAACAGGGCUCACUUGUUUGUUGGUGGGACUAAAAAUUGAUGACAUAUCCACCUGAGAGCAAUUUGGCAAUAUUCCAUCAAAAUCAAAAUCACAAAGACCCAUGCAUACCAUUUGACCUAGGAUUUUCACAUCUAGGAAUUAGCCCUUCAUAUUUGCACACAGGUAGAAUGGGAAUGUGUAGAUUACUCCUUGCAGCUUUGCUUGUAUUGGCAAAAGACUGGAAACAAAUGUCUGUUAAGAGGGGUUUAGUAACAUUACAUUACCAUGAAUACUGUGCAGCCAGGACAAAAGCAAACUUUAUACACGGUUAAGGAACACUCUCCAAGAUUCUUAAGUGACAAAAGCAAGUUGCAGAACAGUUCGUGUAGUUUUCUUCCAGUUGUGUAAAAAAAGUGGAAAGCUAUGUGCACAGAGCAUCUCUGGAAGGAGGCAAACUACUGGGAGGACUGGUGGCUGAGGGGUGGAAGUUGGGCCCUGGGCAAAAAGGGUGGGAGAGAGACUUUCUCCAUGUGCUCUUUCGAACUUUUGGAAUUUUGAACCACGUUCAUUAAAAACAAAAAAAAAAAAAAAAAAAAACCCACAGAAAAACUCUAACAUUUUAAAAGAUUGUGAGCCUGCAGCUCCUUUUGUUCCUUGUCUGGAAAUGAAGCUAAGGCAGAGGACAGCCGGGCUGGAAACAGAAACAGAUCCCUGAUGACGUCAUGCGAGCGCCUGGAUCCUGCUGUUUCCAGCUGCGCUCCAGUCCUGUCAGCCCUCAGAGUCUCCUUUCUGGUUUAAGCCUGUCUGAGCUGUGUUGGCAAUGUCUUUCUUUUUUUUUGGCUGCACCGUGUCUUAGUUAUGGCACGCGGGAUCUUCAUUGCAGCAUGCGGGAUCUUUAGUUACGGCAUGCGGACUUAGUUGCUGCACGCAUGUGAGAGCUGUUCCCCUGGCAGGGCUGGACCCUGAGUCCCCUGUAUUGGGAGCACAGAGUCUUACCCA